AUGCCGCGGUACGACAGCGUUAGCCGCGUCGGAGCCGCUACUUUGGAGGCGAUGGAGCGCGAGCGUGAGCUGCUGGAGCGGGAGGAGCUGGCCUACCCCGGCUACACAACUCUGCGCAUCCAAGAGCUGAAGCGCACGGUGGUAAGCAAGACAAGCACACAGGCAGACCUGCAGCACGCGGCAGACGCGCUGCGCGAGGAGCUCAGUGCCCUUCUCGAGGUGGUCGGCCAGGAGGUGGAGAAGCCGAUGAGCACGCAGCGGCUGCUUCUCUUGAAGUGGCAGCAGCGUCAGCAGCGCCUGCAGAACCGGGAGAACGCUUUCCAGGUCAACGUGCCUAGCACACCCGCUUACCGCGUGGUUCUACAGGCGGACGGUACGGAGUCCAUCGAGCGACCAGGCCGCGACACGCCACAGGCACCCGUGCACGAGACGGAUGAUGCGUACUUGUCACAAGCCGUGGAGGCGGAGGAGUUGCCGCCUGAGGCGCUGAUCCCCGAAAUGACGAUCAUCACGACUGCCGAUGUGAACCACGUGCGCUACCUCUUGGGCCUCACGUACCGCCGGCUGGAGCGGUGUGAUGAGGCGGAGAGGGUGUUCUACGACAUCUUGGCCGACGAUGUCACGAACGUGGACGCCGUGGAGUCACUGCUGGAACUGUACACGGGCAUCGAGGGAUGGAUACCGCGGAUACGCGUGCUGCUGGACCACCUGGCCGAGGAGUACACCAAGGCGGUGGAGGAGGGGCGGCUGCAGCCUGCCUCUGUAUCCAACAAGGUGCCGGUUGCCGAUGCCCAUCGCGCCGAGGAACCUUGCGCGGCACUGAGCCCGGACGCUGAGGCGGCGUCAACGCCUACACCACAACAAUCAUCUGCGUCACCAUCUUCGUCAGUGUCUCCCGCGGACGCCGUGACGACGACAGCUGGCACGGGUGUUGCCCGAAGGCCCACGCCAGCCUACACGACGCUACCUCAGAUCUCCCCGGUGGAGGUGGCACUGUCCCUCUUGUCCGAUCUCAUCGUCGAGGCGGCCGCACAGAAGUGCUCGUCUGACGGCGAGGGCGCCGCGUCGCGGUUUUUCAUCGAAGCGAUGGGGCCCAUUGUGCGGGUCCUCGGUCAUGACUACGCAUGUCGACUUCUCGGAGCGCUUUUCCGCGCUGUCGAUGAGCAGCACUUCGUUGUGCGCUUUGACUCGGACGACAUCUCCCCGGCGGCUCGCACGUUCGCGCUCUCUCUCGUGAUCGCGUUUCUGAAGGCGCUAAUGGCGCGCCGCAUUCACGAAAUGCUGCCUGAGGCGACCCGGUUCCACUUCUUCACGCUCGUGAAGCUGCACACUGCACUUCGCAGCGCGGGUCGCGUGCAUGAGAGCUACAGAAUUUGCGAGCAGAUGAUGCAGCUCUAUCGGGCAAACUCGUCUCUGCACCGCGCUCGCGUGUGUGCAUCGCCGAACGUGACUCUCAGAUUGUCUUCGCCGUCGUCGUUGCAUGCUGAGUGCAGCAGCGCGCUCGGUGCCUCGGCAACGAGACCCACGACUGCUGCGACAGCCGAGGUGGAGGCGCCGGGACGUGCUACCGAGGCAGGCGCACUGCUACCUCGGGCAGCCAACGCGAGUUGCGGUCCUGCUGUGACCCCCAAAGACGUUGCUGAGGAGGUGCCACCGACAGACACCAGCCGGCUCAGCGAGCCGCCAGACGUCCUCGACGAUCAGGACGCCAACUACCGCGAGGCCUUUUUCCAGUACGUGAGCGACCGCGCGCACGACUCGCCAGCACUCGGGCGGCGGCUGUGCAUGGAAGCCAUGGCGGAAUUUCCGACGUGCGCCGCGCCAUGGGAGACGCUAGCGCUGCUGAUGCACAAGGAAGACCCAAAGCGAAACCUUAGCGACGCCAUCAUCGCUGCCCGCCGCGCGAUGGAGCUGGAGCCGUUCAACGUGCGCGUCAUCGUUACGCUGGCGAACUUCUACAAGGCCGCGCACCGCUACGAGCUGUGUGACCGCAUGAUGGAUCGCUACCGGCUCAUGUCUUAUAUGGUGGAAGAAGGGGCAAGCGAGGGCGACAUGGUCGCAACGGCUGCCGAGAUUGCGGCACUGGACAAGCAGACACCGGAGGCACAGGAUCUGGUUGAGGAGACGGGGCGCGCCAUGAAAGAGUUCCUCGAGCGCAUGGAGCAGGCGACGACGUAUUCAAUGCCCAUCGACAAGGAGCCGCGUCCGUUUCGGGACGGGCCGAUUCGCUUUAUCGCACAGCAGCCGGAUAUGCGACCGGCUGAGGUGGAGCCGCGCGACAGGGAGAUCCUGCGGCAGCUGCAGAUGAUGGAGCCGCGGCAGGAGCGGUGA